GAGAACUUGACUAUUUGAGAUGGGGCAAAGGGUUAGAAUCUGAAUGCAUGGUUCGUCAAAUUCCAAAUGGUGACGGUGGGGCGGACCAAAAGGGAAAUCGAAAACAACAAAUCAAAUCAACAAUGAUCCCGAAGUCAACAAACGAAGUCUCAGACAAGGCGGCUUAGGCAUACCAUCCGCAACAAGCAGGCACAGGUGGAGGGGGGAGAGAGAGAGAGAGAGAGAGAGAGAGGCGGAAGCGAUGAAUGGUACUGGUGGUGAGGCAGGUGCUGUUCCUGGGCAGAUAACAACACCUCCUCUGCAUCCAGCAAUUGCACCACUGUCAUACUUGUUGGGGACAUGGCGAGGCGAAGGUGAGGGUGGUUUUCCCACCAUCAACUCCUUCAAGUAUGGAGAAGAACUCAGUUUCUCUCACUCUGGAAAGCCUGUUAUAUCUUAUUCUCAAAAGACAUGGAAAUUGGCCUCUGGAGAGCCAAUGCACGCAGAGAGUGGUUACUGGCGGCCCAAACCGGACGGAUCCAUUGAAGUCGUAAUUGCUCAAAGCACUGGUCUUGUGGAAGUUCAGAAAGGGACUUUUGAUGCUGGAAAGAAAGUUGUUACCCUUCAUAGUGAACUUGUGGGCAAUGCUUCGAAGGCUUUAAAAAAUGUACUUCAAGAGGGCAUCUGAUGGGGAUCCUAAGUAGCAGCUAUACAAGUUCAUUUGGAAAGGUGAAGGAGAUAACUCGAAUUUUCGAGGUUGUCAAUGGUGAAUUGUCUUAUGUGGUUCAGAUGGCUACCAAUUUGAAUAGUCUUCAACCACAUCUGAAAGCCUUGCUCAGGAAGCUCUGAUAUGGCCAUACUCAGGUCCCCAUGAUGAACCGAGGAAAUAUAACUAGAUGUUAGUCACAUCCCACUUAUGAGGCUCCGAAGGACUAUUUGUAUCUCCUUUUAUGUUACCAGAAGAUAACAUAUUUAAUGCAUGAGAAACAAUAAUAAAAAUAGAUGUUGGCUAUCGUUAUUGAGUUAGAUGUAUAUUCCAUCAAAACUACUUAAACUUAAUAUCCAAAAAUAUAAUAAAGUUAGUAUUAUGGACUGGUAAA